AUGGCCACUGCUGUACCUGAUUAUUAUUGUCAUAAAUGUCGAGUACAUAUUGGGCAUGUUACAAAUUUUGAAUGCCCACAUUGUAGAGAUAGUUUCAUAGAAGAACUUCCUGCAGAACAUCCAUCAUCUCAUUCGCGACAUAAUCAACCACGUCAUCGUAAUAGAAUUCGUUUUCAUGGUUCAACACCAUUUGGUAAUACAACAAUAGUUAUUGGUGGUGGUCAUCCAUCACAUAAUGGAAAUCCUCAAACUAAUAAUCCAGAUAUGGGAACAUUUUUUCAAACAGUUCUUUCACAAAUUGUUGGUGGUUCACAAGUUCCAUUUGGUGUACAAUCCGGCGGAAUGUUUGAUUCAGCAAAUCUUGAUGCAUUUCUUACACAAUUUUUAAAUCAAAUGGGAGAUAAUGGUGGUCCAGCACCGGCAUCUGAAAAUCGUAUAAAUUCAAUUCCAACAGUGAAAAUCACAGCUGCACAAGCACAUGAUUGUUUACAGUGUGCUAUUUGUAUGGAUGAAUUUAAACUACAUGAUGAAGCUAAACGUCUUCCUUGUUCACAUCAUUUUCAUGAAGAAUGUAUAUUACGAUGGCUUAGAAUGCAUGGAACAUGUCCAACAUGUCGUGUUACAUUAGAAGGUGAUAAUACAAGUAAUCGGGAAUAUUAUAAUUUUUUUCCAAAUCAUCGACAACAACAACAAUCAUCAUCAUCAUCAAGGAAUAAUAAUCGUCGAAAUAAUGGAGGCAAUAAUGGAUCUAAUUCAACAUCUGGAUCAACUUUAUUCGAUUUCGACUAA